AUGGACUUAAAAGUAUUAGAUGAUGAAAUUAUGUUAUCUGAUGGAAGAAUUAUAAAAAUACCAAUAAAAAAUGAAGAAAACAAUAAAGAUAAGGAAAAAGGAAAAAUAAAAAUUGAAAAAAUACCUAAUGUAUGGGGUAGUAGUGCUGGUGCAGGAAGUGAUUAUUUUGACAUUUAUAGAAAACAAAGAAAUGAAGAAAAUGAGCGAAUUGAAUUAAUUGAAAAAAAAUGGAAAGAGUAUACUGAAAAUCAAAUAUUUCAAAAUAAAAGAAAAGCAAAAAUAGAAUAUAUUGAAAAAAAACGUCUAAAAAAAAAAAAUAAAAGAUUAAUAAAAAAAAAUAAAUUGAAACAGCAACAAAACAAUAAAAAAUUUAAUAAAAAUGAAACACAAAUAAGUCAUCCUUCAUUAAAACAAAAUGAGAAAAAUAAAGAAUUAAACGAUGAUAAUGUUAAAACAAAUGAGGAUCAUGUAAAAAAUAAUAAAAAUUACAACGGAAAUGAAAAUAAUAUUUUAGAUGAAGAAAAAUAUAUAGAAAAAGAAGUCAAUGAAGAUAAUGGAGCAAUUAUUCCACCUAUUGAUACAAACAAUUUUCUUGUUGUUAAAGAAGAUGAACUUUUUUAA